GAAGCCAUCCCUCCCACAACUUGGGCAAGCUUGGGCAUUAGCUUCUGCGUUGGGCUCUCCGUAGUCGGCGCGGCAUGGGGUAUUUUCACCAGAGACUCCUUAAUCCUCAGCGGUGGCAUCAAGGCACCCCGGGUCAAGACCAAGAACCUGAUGUCCAUCAUCUUUUCCGAAGUCGUGGCCUUCUACGGCUUGAUUAUGUCCAUCAUCUUGUUGGGCAAGAUGAACGCUCUUCGCGGAGAGGCACUCUACUCUGCAGAAUCAUACUCCAUGGGCUUCGACAUUUUCUGGGCUGUUAUCAUUGUGGGCACCUGCAGUCUCAUCUGUGGCGUGUCAGUCGGCAUCAUUGGCACGGAGUUUUGA